AUGAAUGAGCCGACAGCUCCAGUAGCUGCAGACGUACUUAAUCCUUUCAUGGUGUCAGACGUAGAAGAUUUAACGUUAGAAGGGGAUAAUCCAUUUGCAGCCAGUAAUCCGUUUUCAGACUUUGGAAAUAGCUAUGAGCCUCCUGCAGGUGAUACAGUUCCUGUUGAUAUUUUUGGGGGAGAAAACCCCAAAGAGUUCGGUGCUAAGAAUUUUGAAGAUAAUCCACUAGAUAUGUUUACUAGUCAAUCAAUGGACUCUGAAAAGCUAGUAAAACCUACUGAAUUAGACUUAGUCUCUACUAUAGUCAAUUGUGCUAGUCCGUUGAUGGGUGAUAAUAACGAUCUUGAGCCAUCUGCACGACCACUGCCCACUGAAACUCAGAACUUAAUCCUGAGCGUAACUGGUCAAAUGGAAUUUACUAGUACGCACCUACUUGAUCGAAUACCACCAACGAGAACACCUAGCCCUGUAUCGGCUCGAGAUAUACAUUCACCGAGCCCCACUCCGGAGCCUGACUUACUUGACGAGAUGGUAACAGAAGAUAACUUUAAUAAAGAUAAACCCGUUCGACCGCCUCCACCACCUAACAGACCCCCACGUCCUGCACCACCCAGCGUACCCCCACCUCGUCCGCAAGCAUCACCGCAGGUACUCCAAUCAAAGCAACAAUCACCACAGCGGCAGUCACAACCAUCCGAAGAUAUUAAUCUUUUUGAUGCACCUGCACCUGUGACAACCAAACCAACCAAAGAACAUAUCUUGAGUUUAUAUUCCGCACCGAAAAAAGAAGAAAAACAAAUAGAUUUUCUCAGCGAUGAUAUACUUGAUGUUAUGACUUCUGAAGAAGGUCCCGAAAUGCAAACGCAGAUAACAAAUAUCAUUACGACAACAACAACAACAAAUUCACAUUCUGUCGAAACUACGUCUAUCUUUCAAGAUAUAGUAACAACUGCUAGUGGUACUGUAGAAGAGACGAGCAAUAUGUCGAUGUUUACAAAUGUAAUGGAUGAUUCUUGCGCUCACAUGGAUUGCUCGGAACCAAUGGAAGUAACUACAACUCAAUCUGACACUUCUCCUUUUGCAGAACAUAUCAAUGAUCAAUUUCAACAGAUAAAUGAACGUGAUAAGAACCCAUUUGAAAGUACUGAAUUUGCUCAUAUGUCGUCGUUUGCUGAAAAUGCAACUAAUAUAUUUUCAACAGAAGUCGAAGAUACAUAUAUGGCACCAACUAAUGAAUUAUUUAACGAAGGUCAAAACGAGUCAGAAUCUUUCAUAGAAGGCCACCCUAAAGAAACUUGGGAAAAUUCAAAGGUUAAUGCUUUUGGAGAUAUUUCAGAGACAAAUGAAACUCAACACGACAGUAUUUUUAAUUCAAAUGUCAACAACAUUGUUGAAAGUACAAUUGCUCCUUCAUCGAGUGAUCCCGGUUGGGGUUCAACUGAAAAAAUGUUACAAGACACCGUUAAGCCAUCGGAAGACGCUUUUGAUGCCUUUUCCGCUAAAUUUGACUCCACUGUGUCAAAUAACAAAACUACAGACGUUUGGGGUGACGACGGCAGUUCGGAUGCUGCGCCGGGGGGCUUCGAAGCGGAAGCGUUCGAUCCUUUCCUGCACAUGGAAGCACCACCUCCACCGGCGGCCACACCUCGCCUCGAGCACCAGGGAUCUCGUGACUCUACUGACGAUACUUUCUCAGUGUUUAUUAGGCCUAAAGAUGACAUGGGUGGACAAGAGUCAGCGGUGCCGGUGCUUGCCCCCCCGCCUCGUCCCCAGGUGCUGCCGGACUCCCCGCGCAGCAAUCCUUUCGACAAAAGUGAAGCUGAACCGCCGCAAAGGAUAGAGCCGCAAUUCGAGGAGAGCCGGCGGCGGUCUGGCAGCGGCGAUGGUGGGGAGACUCCUCCCACGCCACUGUUCGACGAGGACACGUCGGUGCCGUUGGAGGAGUUCCCACGCACCACCUACACCGGCCCCGGCUGGGAGAUGCAUCUGCGACAACCCAACAAGAAGAAGAUCACCGGACAGAGGUUUUGGAAGAAGAUGUUUGUGCGGCUGGUGUACCAGGGAGACACGCCGGUGCUGCAGCUGCUGGGAUCUGCCACCGACAAGGAGCCGCUGCAAGAGCUGCCCCUGCAGGCCUGCUAUUCGGUCUCUGACAUCGGCGCUCAGCAGUUCGACCAGUUCGGCAAGAUAUUCACCGUUAAGUUGCAGUACGUCUUCUACAAGGAGCGACCUGGAGUCAGACCGGGGCAGGUGACGAAGGCGGAGCGCAUCACCAACAAGCUGUCGCAGUUCGCAGCGUACGCGAUCCAGGGAGACUACCAGGGCGUCAAGGAGUUCGGCAGCGACCUGCGCAAGCUCGGCCUGCCCGUAGAGCACGCGCCGCAGGUGUCGCAGCUGUUCAAGCUGGGCUCGCUGAGCUACGAGGACGCGAAGCAGUUCUCGUGCUGCGUGGAGGAGGCGCUGUUCCGUCUGCCGGCUCACCGCGACCGCGCGCUCACGUACAAGAUGGAGGAGGUCCAGCUGACAGCUGUGGACGAGCUGGUGGUGGAGCAGGAUGCUGAGGGCUCCGUGAUCAAACAAACUGCACGUGUGCGCAUCUUCUUCCUCGGCUUCCUCAGCGGUCAGUGA